GUAUGAUGUCGUUUCUGACGAAGAACCAUCGAUUUCUUUAAUUUUGAGAAAUUUGUUUCUUUUGUUACGCCUGCACUUAUUAUUAUAUUUCAAAUCGUUUUAAGUGUUCGUCAUUUUGUGUUUUCACUUUAAAUUUGUCGUGUUCCGUUUGCCAAUUUUUAGUAGGACACAAUAGAAAACUGGUACAAUAUUGAUAUCAAAUCUGGCUUUUACAAUCAGAAUUUUGUAGAACAAGUGCUAGAGUAGAUAAAUUUCUCUUAGUACCUAAUUGUUUUGUUGAUGUCCUAGCGUGGGGUGUUCGCGAUUUGAUACAGUUUAUUUCGACGCCAUGUUGGCAAUGUUGUUAUUUACUCGUUGAUUUGCUGUGGGUUGUUGUGCUAUGGGUAUAGUGUGUUGUGCGACAAAAGCCACUGUGUGAGCAUGUUGGAAGAUGUACCCGUCCAUGGAAAUCGCGAUCCCAAGGUCCCUCAGGCGCCUACACAUCAAAGGAAUCUUAGUUUGGACUUCAGGCAUGUGACCGGCGCAAGCGGGCCGCCGGCAGGAUGCGGCCAUCAGAGGAACAGGUCCUUGGACUCUGUUCUCCAGAGGAUACCGGAGGACAUGACCCCGACGUCGCCGGAGGGUGCGCCGCUUCGGAUGCCCAUGGAAGUGCCCGCACCGAGGCUCGCUCUUCCCCCCGAAGUCCCGGCCGGCUCCGACGACUCCGGUAUCCACACCCCGCCCGACGGAAACGAUGAGGAGAGACCACCGGCGCCGGCCGCCGCCAGGUCUAGAGAAAGCCUCGACUCCGGCAACCCAGAAGACACGGAUAAACCGCCCGAUCCACCCGACGCUGUGGUCGAAACGCAAAUCAGAUCAGACACAUCCGCCGCAGAAACAUCGAAAAACAAAGACUUUCUUUUAAGGCUAUUCGAGAGCAAACUUUUCGACAUGAGUAUGGCCAUCUCGUAUUUGUUUAAUUCAAAAGAACCCGGUGUACAGACGUAUCUAGCGAACAAACUCUUCUCAUUCCCUCACGAAGACGUGGACUUCUACCUGCCACAGUUGUCGACGAUGUAUAUAGAAAUAGGUGAUGUGGCGGACGUGCUUCGGCCGUACUUGGUUCACAGGUGUAAACAAAGCGCGGAGUUUUCGUUGCGGCUCGCGUGGCUGUUGACGGCUUUCGGUGGUGACAUGAAGAGGUCGAAGGCGACUAAGUUAAGAGACUCGAUAUUGGCGGAGGAGAUCAGGCCGGCGGCGAGGCGAGGGCACCACAGGUCCCAGUCGGACGCGUCGGCGCUGCGGCUGGCUACGCCUUCGGGGCGGCACUUAGGGGAUUUGGCGUCAGGGAGAGCCUUUGACAAUGGAUGCCUCUGCGGUGAACAGUGCUCCUGCGGCGCGCCCAGAUUAGCACCACAAACUCAGUUCCUGACGGCGUUGACGAACAUCGGCCGGCGGCUGGCAGGAGUGGCCGAUAAGGAACGGCGGAACGGCCGAUUACGUGCCGAACUGGCUGCACUAGACCUCAACUUGCCAGCACGAGUUUGGCUACCACUACACCACAGGCCGCAUUAUGUGCUGAGGAUACCACCGCACGCGGCUGCCGUGCUCAACAGCAAGGAUAAGGCGCCAUACAUAAUGUACGUGGAAGUUCUCGAAACAGAAGGUCACGAGCCCCUACCUCCCCGUUUGCUACCGCCAGCGCCGCCCGCGCCCCACUCUCCCCCCAUCAGACAUACGAAGAGCGAAGAGAAUCUGGUGCCAGAAUGGCCGGUGCUGUCAUUAUACUCUGCAUUGGACGAUGCUGACGCGGGUGACUGUUGGAGCCAUGAUGAUGAGGAUUUAAGUACGCAGUACGCACCGAGAGCGCCCGCGCCGGAUAGCUUAUCACAGGUGUCAGCGGUGUCAGCGUUAUCAACAUCGUCGUGUGGAUCGCGGGAGUCUGUAGCGGUGGGAGCGGGCGAGGUGCGGCGACGGUUAGCGGACGCUACGGCCGCUCCGCCGCCCAACGCUUUCAAGCACGACCCGGCUGAUCCAUCGGCCACCGCUCUGAAGGAAUCCUGGGAAAGCAAACUAGCUCGGAUGCGGUCUUCGUCCCCCUACGGCGCCUUAGCCGGUUGGAGGCUACUGGGCUGCAUCGUCAAAGUGGGAGAUGACUUAAGACAAGAGAUGCUAGCGGCCCAGCUGUUAAGGAGGCUUCAAGCUGUGUGGGUCGCCGAGAGGGUGCCUUUGAAGCUGCACCCUUAUGAGAUCAUCUGCUUGGACAAGGAGUCUGGAUUGAUACAGCCGGUUUUAAACUCAGUAUCGCUGCACCAGAUCAAGAAACAGUCGGGCAAAUCUCUUCGGGCGUGGUUGGAGUUAGAACAUGGGCCUCCCAACAGUGAAGGCUUUUUACGAGCGCAGAACAACUUCGUAGAAUCCGCGGCUGCGUAUGCGCUGACGAGCUACCUACUACAGCUUAAAGACAGGCAUAACGGCAACAUAUUGUUGGACAGUGCUGGCCACAUCAUCCACAUUGACUUCGGAUUCAUUUUCUCAAUAUCACCCAAGAAUUUAGGAUUUGAAAGUUCUCCAUUCAAGUUAACGGCGGAGUUUGUGGAGGUAAUGGACGGCGAAACGUCAGACAUGUUCCAGUACUUCAAGAUCCUCAUCCUGCGCGGACUCAUCGCCGCUCGCAAGCACUGCGACCAGAUCAUACACCUUGUCGAGCUCAUGCGAUCAGGCGGGCAGUUAGCGUGCCUUCGUAGCUCAAGCGCAGUUUCAGCGUUUCGCGCGCGUUUCCACGGCGGACGCACCGAACCACAACUGCAAGCGUUAGUCGAGCGGCUCGUGAGGGACGCACUGCACUCGCUAUCAACGCGCCUCUACGACAACUACCAGUACUACACCAACGGGAUACUCUAACGGUCUGUGAGGAUUCUGGAAAUCAUCCUAUACAGGGUGGAAACGAUAAGUGAUUUUACUCGAUUAUUUCUAAACUAUGCAAGAUAUCGAAAAACUG